GCUUUGUUAUGAAUCAGUAGUGCAGUGUAGAUAGUAAAAAUGUCUGUGUAAUCCUUUGUAACCAUGAUAACUAGAGAUGGCACAAUUGCAACUUUUUCUUUUCUGAUAUUGAUACCAAUAAUGAAAUGGGUAUCUGCUAAUGCCCUUCCAAUUUGCUUUAGGCAGAUUCUACCGUAACUGUAUCCAUUAACCACUUGCCCACAAAAUAAGAAAUUUUUCUUGUCCUUUUUUCAGUGAGGUAAUAUUUUCAAGAUUGAAAAUAUGGUAUUUGGUCUUCUAAAACAGCAGGUCAUUUAAAAAUACACUGAGUAUAUCAAUAAAAGAUUUUUAAAGAAUAAAGUUCUAUUUCUUUGACACAUCUGACAGACAUAACUCCCAUUUUAAAAAUCACUUUCAUUAUCCCUGUUGCUAUCGUCAGUGAAUUUCUGUCAGAUGACCUGAUGAUAGACUCAGCCAUUAUGGAUCUUUGGUAGUUAUCGUGUGGAAGCAGGCUUUAUAAUUUUUGGGUGUCAACAGAUAGAGUUGAAAUAGAUUAACAGCGAAAAACCUAUUUCGUUCACCAGAGAAGCCCACAGUUAUUUUUAAAAAAUGCUAUCAUCAGUCUGUCGGUCAAAUGCACCUGACGAUAGCAAAAUUCAAGCCCUCACCACGCACAUGUUGACUGACGCAAAGAGGAAAUUCUACUGCGCAUGAUUUUUGUGACAGCAGACAUUUACUUCCGGGCAAGACUUGGAGUUCUGACAGCUAGAUUUCAUCAAAUAAAUCGAGGAUCAAAGUAAUGAACAGCAACACGCAAACGGACUGAUAAGCACCAUAAACCCAGUGGAUGGACUUCACCAGCCCAGUCCCCUGGAUGCCUCUGUAGUCAGUGCCGUUGCCAUGCCAACGCAGACCACCCUCCCCACAGAUGGGGCUCAGGUGUGUAAAGCAGAAUCGAGGCCUUCUUCUCUUCCCAUGGGUCCUGUCGUCACGGUGAUGGGCAGUCUUCAGACGCCCACUCCCAACAGCACAGGGAGUGGUCCUUCUGCACCCAGUAGCAGUGUCACUUCCCCCAGUCACAUGAAUGUGCCAGCCCACACUGUCCCAGAUUUCUCCUACUCAAGCAGUGAGGAUGAGUUUUACGAUGCUGAUGAAUUUUACCAGAACAGUGCCUCACCAAAGCACUGCAUUGACCCCUCCAGAACCCCUGGUGUUAACAGCGAAGGAAAUGCAGCUCUCAAACGACCCGACACCAACGAAUCCCUUAAUUCCUCUAUGUCCAAUGGCACAACUGAUGCAGAUCAGUAUGAUAGUCAUGAUGAGAGGGACGACGAUGGCGAGGGAGAGUCGGUGGAGGAACAUAAGAGCGUCAUUAUGCAUCUGCUUUCACAAGUCCGUUUGGGAAUGGACCUCACCAAGGUGGUUUUACCUACAUUCAUCUUGGAGAGAAGGUCGUUGCUGGAGAUGUAUGCAGACUUCUUUGCCCAUCCUGAUUUGUUUGUCAGCAUUUCGGAGCAGUCAGAGCCACGCGAGCGCAUGGUGCAGGUGGUGAGGUGGUAUCUCUCAGCCUUUCAUGCUGGCCGGAAAGGAUCUGUGGCUAAGAAGCCGUACAACCCCAUCCUGGGAGAGGUAUUCUAUUGCCACUGGGACCUUCCUUCAGAAUCUGAGGAGCCUGCUUCUGGGGAGCCUGCGUCAGAAGGGCCAGUGCCAUAUUGUAGCCGGGGCAGUGUGUCAUUUGUGGCAGAGCAGGUUUCUCACCACCCACCAAUAUCUGCCUUCUAUGCUGAGUGUAUAAGCAAGAAAAUUCAGUUCAAUGCACACAUUUGGACCAAAUCCAAGUUCCUCGGAAUGUCCAUCGGCGUACACAAUAUUGGCCAAGGCUGUGUGUCUUGUCUCGAGCACGAUGAACACUACAUUCUGACUUUCCCCAAUGGCUAUGGCAGGUCUAUCCUGACUGUUCCAUGGGUGGAAUUAGGUGGAGAGUGCAAUAUUUCCUGCUCCAAAUCUGGCUACAGUGCCAACAUAGUAUUCCACACCAAACCCUUUUAUGGGGGAAAGAAGCACAGGAUAACUGCAGAUAUUUUUGGCCCCAAUGAUAAGAAAUCAUUCUGCUCCAUUGAAGGGGAAUGGAAUGGAGUGAUGUAUGCAAAAUGGGCUUCUGGGGAAAACACUGUGUUUAUUGACACAAGGAAAAUCGGCAUUAUUAAAAAGAAGGUGCGGAAGUUGGAGGAUCAGUUAGAAUAUGAGUCAAGGCAACUGUGGAGGGAUGUGACCUUGAACCUGAAGCUGAAAGACAUUGAUGCUGCCACAGAGGCCAAACACCGUCUGGAGGAGAAACAGCGGGCCGAGGCCAGGGAGAGAAAGGAGAAGGAGGUUCAGUGGGAGACAAGACUGUUCCAUGAGGAUGGCGAGUGCUGGGUUUACGAUGAACCUCUUCUGAAGAGAGCAGCCUCACUACGACACUAGUGCAGCCUCUCUGAAACAACAGAGUCUGAGAAAAGAACUCUUUUACAAUUCACCUUUCAUGUGAAGCCUUGGAAUGACUGAUGAAUGAACAUUUAAACAGCUUUGCAUUUUGGAAAUGAAUGAUAAGAACUACACUCUAUACAAGUAAAUAUCAAAUAAAAAAAAUACUCCUUUCUCGCCAACUGCACCACUUCCACGCUCCACUGCUCUUUAAAAUGGAAAAAUCCCACACCACAGAAAUACACUGAGGUAGUUAAUGGCUCCUUAACAAGCCAAAUGAACGCUCUUGUUUUGACAGGGUGGGUCACUCCCACAGGCAUGUUGUCUCCCAAUGCUGGGUAACCAGUGUUUUAAUCGAACAAACUGAAAGCAGCGUUCUGUAUCUCAGGGAAUCAGGUGACUGAGGAAUGAAGGCUGUAUCUCCUGAUGUUUUAAAAGCCUUAGGUGGAACUACAACAUGGAAGAACUUGGCUCGCCUACAGCUAGCUACAGAUAUUUAUAUAUACAUAUAUAGAACUUACAAUUAUAUAUUAUAUAAUGUCUUUUUUUUUUUUUCCUUUUUGUUCAUCUGCAAUAGUUAUGGUUUGAAAGUAUGAACUUGAAAAUGUCAGAAUAACAAUCAUUCCAUUUUCUUCUUCUCCGUCGGUCAUUAAAUCUGUCAGAAGAAAACCUCAUGCUCUUCUCCUUUUAAAAGGUUUUGCAUCACAUCAUGUAUAGCUGCAAACAAGGACCAGUCAAGGACCCAAAAAUUAAAAAUGAGGAACGGGUUACAUCUGAAAGAACUCAGUUUGAUACAUGAUCAUGCUGAAAGUCCAUUCCAAUUCAAGUGCUCUUUGUUUUAAAUGUAUGCUGGUUAUUUUAAAAUUAGCACUGUCCCAAUGGGGUAUGAAUGCAUAGUAAUACAAUGUAUGCAGGGUAUGCCAUGUAUUAAGUCAACAGUUAUCUUUAAAUGCCCCUGAUGAUCGAUCUCUCUCUCUCUCUCUCUCUCUCUCUCUCUCUCUCUAUUAGACUUAUUUUCUCUCUAAUUAAAACAGAUGUUACCAGAUACCUAAAAUAUAUCUAAUGCCUAAAAAAGCCUUAUAGUAAUCUAUUAUAAAAUGUUUGAAAUUCAGUUUGUCAUCAGCGGUAUUCUACAGGCAUAAUGCGAGUCUAAAAGUAAAACUAUGCUGAAGUAAAACCAUUAUGAUCCACAGUUUGACGGUGUUGAACUUCGCAGUGUUGGGAUUUCAUGGGCAGAAUGGUGGUGGUGGCACUGUUUAACAAGCAUAGUGAACCAAUGUGGGCAGGCAAUAGAUUAUUUAAAAAAUAUAUAUUUUGUUUGUAAAUUUGAAAUCAGGGCCUUGCCAUAUACGUACAUUUCACUGUCAUGCAGUGUUGCUUUGCAAAAGCAAUCUAAAUUGUGUUUUCCUCUCAUUUCACAUAACCACUAGUUGUACCAGACUUUCAUGUUUAUUGAUGCAAAAUAUUAAAUCUCAAUGAGACCA